ACGCCUCACAGAGCAAAGAGACUGGCGCGAGAAGGCGACAGAGCGUCAAUUUGUUCCUUGCUAGGUGUGCGUCAUACCAGCAAAUAAUGUUCCGGACAUUUGACAAAGACAAUGACGGUUUUAUCGGAAUGAAAGAGUGGAUUGAGGGACUAUCAGUUUUUCUUCGUGGUACCUUGGAUGAAAGAAUAAAAUACUGUUUUCAAGUGUAUGACUUGAACGGUGACCACUACAUCACCAGGGAGGAGAUGUUACAGAUGCUGAGGUACAGUCUCAGACUACCCGGAGAAGAGGACCCUUACGAUGGAAUCAAAGAUCUGGUGGAGAUCACACUCAAGAGGAUGGACCACGACCACGAUGACAGGCUGUCCUUUGACGACUUUGACAGUUCGGUAAAAGAGGCGAAUCAUGUGAUGGAGGCUUUUGGCACGUGUCUUCCCAACACCACAAGAAUUGAGGCAUUUGAGCAGCGUGUCUUUCAAGUUCAAGCAAAAGAGUGAUCAUAUUUUAUGCACCUUUUUAAGUGUGCAGCAGAGAGCACCCACUCUGGCGACAAGAGGACCCCUCCGCAGAAGUUGUACCCGGUGAAGAGA